AUGGUGGCCGAGCUAACUGACAUUUCCACGGCGACAAUCGGCGGAAAAGCAUCUCUGCAUGCUGGUGGCAUCUCGAAACAGCGCAAACGACCUAAAUGGAUCCAGACGGCGACGCGUGAACCGAUUUACAGCGUCUUGGACAGCGACGACAGCGCAAAGAGUUUUCCUCCGGAUGUCCACGGCAAGAUUGUGAUAAUCAGCGCGGUCAAGAACGAGUCGAGCCGCAAAUCCAACGUGGAAAACAAGCUACCGUACGUCUGGCCAUCAUCUCGGAAUAGAACGUCGCCGAUUCUUGAGGUUGAGGACGAGAACACUCUUUACAGCGUGGUGAGAAAACCGAAGAAAGUACGAUUGCCGGAAACACCGUCUUCCGACGAGGAGACGAUUCGACCCGUCGACCCGUGUCGCGAUUCGACACGGAUCGAGGACACCGUUCCCAGCGAGAAGCGACAGCUGGACCCGGAAGACGUAUCCAAACGAGUCGAGGUAAGAAAGUGGCUCCGCGACACGCCCAGGCAGCCUCUACCGGAUCCAUCGAAGAUGUUUUCCGAUCGAUCCGAAUACGAGAACCGCUGGCCGGAUCGAGAGAACCCGGUGGCGCUGCCCCGAGGGGUGGUGGGCCUCGUGGGGCCCUACAGGAUUUAUAGAAAUCCAAACGAGAGCAGAGAAUAUAUACUUCAAGAGGAGGAACUUGUUGAAGAAGUACUGGAUUCUACGAGCGAGAAAGUGCAGGAAGAAGAGAACAAGAACGAGCAUCGACAGAGGGCGAAAUGGAAGAUCAGGGAGGACGACGAGGAAACUUUAGUACCGGAUAUCCGGGAUCUGCCGAGUCUGAAAGAUUUCAUAGAGAUGAAGAACGAUAAGGGGGAAGAUGACGAUUGGAGAAAUGAAGGAGGAUCGGUGACGAAGAUGGAAAAAUCGGAAUGUGUCGAGAAGAUUCUGUCCGGUAAAGAGGAACGCGCGGUGGAUGUACCGGAUACGAUAUCCGCGGUCUCGAUGACGUCGAUGAAGCAGAAAUGGGCGAGCAACGAGCAGCACGACAAGGACAGCCUGAACGAGACCGGAAGUACAACGGGUGGCACCGUGGAGGGUGCGCCGAGCGGUGGCCCCUCGGGGUGCAGGACCAAGGAUAAGAACGACCAGCCACCCGCGCAACCAUCCACCUCGUCGCCACCGGCGAGGUCCUUGGUCUCUAGGCUCCUGGCGAGGACGCGGUCGCCCGAGGAUCUUUUGGAUCAUUCGGAACCUUACUCGCAAUUAUGGGUGGUCCUCUCGAACGUGUACGGCGAGCUGAUCGUCGUGCUAACAUUCGCGGUAUGUUUGGCCGAGGUCAUGGACACGCCUGUGCCUUUGCUCAGUUUGCAAGGCAUCUUCCUCAUGUAUCUCUACGUGGGCAGUAUUGCUGUUAUCAUCGCAAUCUACAUAUGGGUGCUGAUUGACAGCUGCGGCAGUUUGAGUCGCGGCGGUAACGGGCUCGGCGACGCGGAACUCGGCGGCGCGUCGCUCAGCAGGUUUGGAUCAUUAAAACGAGCGCACAUCUCCAGGGCCAGGACCGCACCGACCAGUUUUUACAUACGCGUCGGCGCGCUCCUGUUCGGUUUGGCGACGUUGGUAUUCAACGGUCUGGAGAUGGCGAUGCACACGAUGAUGCAGGGCACCGAGUGCUUGACCGACGUCGUCUUCGUGCAUCCGGUGAUGCACGGCCUGUUCACCUUCUUGCAGAUGCACUUUCUCUUCGUAAACUCGCAGGUCCUCGUAGAACGUUUCGGUCUGGCAGCUCGAUUCGGUUUCACCCACCUCGCAGCCACGAAUGUCGCGGUCUGGGCACGUCUGGUGAUUUGGGAUUCCGCGCAAGAAUGGACUUACUUUGUGCAUUUGGCGCAACACGAACAGGAAACGUCCGUAUCUCCUUUGAGUCUUCGAGGAUUUCCCGGAUCCUUGACGAGACAAUCACGGGAUUUUAUAGAUGAUUCGUCGACGAGAGAAAGCACCUUCAAGGCCUAUCAACCUGUCUCGAACGAGCAAAUCUCACAAGUAAUCGCGCUGCAAGAAUGCCUGAAUACUAACACCCUAGGACAAUUAUGGACGUCAAGCAUGCCCUUCCUGUAUCCCUUUAUCGUACAAUUUAGUCUAAUCGCAGCCGCGGUGACUUUCGUGAUGGGUCAGAACGUCGGUCGGAGUCGAUUGACUAAACAAAAAUUUCACGGCAGCAAGGAUUUAAGCGGUCACACUAGGGUAGGCUGCGACGGUUCCAGCAAGGGUCUCUUUCUGGGCAUCCUCUGCAUGGUUGCCGGCAUCGUGGUGAUCCUAAUCUUCCUCGUCGUGCGAGAGGACGAGAAUUUCCCCUCCGCCACGUUAUCCUGGCUCACUUGUGGCACCCUGAUCGGCAUACUGACGCUGAGCAGCUUGAUGACAGCCAGCGGUCUCGUGCAGGUGCGACAGAUUUCGGUAGUGUCGCGUGCGCCGGCCGCCCUGGACAGUCUCCUGUCGAACGUGUCGCUCUUCGGGGUGCAGCUCUACUCCGUCUUCACCAUCGUGGUGUGCGCCUGCUCGCUGGCCAUGUCGGAUCACGGCGAAACCGAGGACACGCGAGCCAGACACAUUAUGCUGCUGUCAACAUCGAUUCUGCAGCUCGUGCAAUGCUUUGCACAGAGCACCUUGAUCGCCGAAACGUCGCGACGUUCGUGCAUCACGCGCUUUCAGAUGCUGGCCAAGCCCGGCCGCCAGGUGAUCACCUUUCUGCUCUUCAGCAACGCCGUCUUGUGGGCCUUCGACACUGUCAUUACGCAGAACUGGCUGUCGCAAGAGUUGCAGCUCCGGUUCUUCGGCGUGCUCGCCUGGGGCGUAUUGUCAAGAAUCGGUCUGCCUCUCUUGAUCUUCUACAGAUUUCACAGUUGCGUGCUGCUGCUCGAGGCGUGGAACAAAUGCUACAGAACGCCGCGAGGAGAGCAUCCUCUCAACUGACAACGCGGAAUCUUACGCCGACUUUCGUGCAGGCUGCAUCAUUCUGGCUUACAAGAUCUUCAUUGUCCCGGAAGAUUGAUGCUGAAACCGUCGACGGACAGCGGAUGCGUUUACAAGCGGACACUGUACCCGAAUUCGCUGUCAUUGGACGCGAUGCAUCUUCUACCC